UCAAACGUCUCACUGGCAGGUCGCACAAAACAAACUUUACUCGUCUCCGUCCGCUCGCGGCCAUUGAACGCCUUCACUUCCGUGUCGAUGACGAUCCACACAACCAUGUGGCGAGCAACUGAUGUUGCUAUACCGGGGAUCACGGUGCUUCGAGAAUUACGUUGGCGCUGGAAAGAAUCCCGCUCUGUCUCUCAGGCAAUUUCUUCGCGUGCUUCUCCGAGUUAUCCGUUGGUUCACGCUAUCUGCAUUUGCAUUUGCUCAGAAGAAAGAAAGCGGGCCGGGUUUGUGCAUUUCCCCUCGUAGGGACCUAGGACAAGCUUCAUCAUCAGGUUCAUGCAACUUUAUGUCAAUGUUAUUAAUCAUGACGUCGGCUCUUCCAUCAUUGAUAGGUGUCUUCGUGGAGCUCCACGACACUGGCGAAUGUUUUCCUAAGCAGUCUUACCAAUGUGCUGCUCUAUCCAGGUCUAAAGUCGCCCAUUCUUGAGAGAACAACAAUAUUGUAGGGAGUCCUGAUAACUUUCUCAGCGUGGUGACCAAGAUCUGUCCGAAUGCUUCUCCGAACAUGAGUUCUGCAACCAAUUUGUCCAGGAUUCAAGAGCACGGGCGUGUCAGGGCCCGCUUACGACGUGAAAUU